AUGCUUGUCAAAUAUUAUAACAAGCUACUCAGUUUUGGUACUGGUAACCGAACGUCAGCUUUCCUUCACAGUUGGAGAAAUAACCAAAGGCUCAAGAGAAACAGCCCUUUCAGUCUAGUGAUCGGUGAUAAUUUGACUUAUGAUAAUGUUGAGCCGCACUAUCUGAACUCUUGUGUUGAUCCAAGCGAGGGACUCCAGAGAGUGUAUUUCCACCCAUUUCCUCCUGUACAUGUCAGCAAAUCUUCUGACGUUCCUGAGUAUCUGAGACAAAUUGNUCCAGUUUAUUGUUGUGCUUCUGAGACCCAACUUGAGAGGCUUGAACGGGUUCAGCUUAGUGCUGCGCGGAUCAUUACAGGUUUACGUAACAGCUGCCCCAACGAUAUUGUCCUCUUUGAGGCUGACUUACAACCGCUCAGUUUUCGAAGAAAAUCAAUGCUUGUCAAAUAUUAUAACAAACUACUCAGUUUUGGUACUGGUAACCGAACGUCAGCUUUCCUUCACAGUUGGAGAAAUAACCAAAGGCUCAAGAGAAACAGCCCUUUCAGUCUAGUGAUCGGUGAUAAUUUGACUUAUGAAAAUGUUGAGCCGCACUAUCUGAACUCUUGUGUUGAUCCAAUCGAGGGACUCCAAAGAGUGUAUUUCCACCCAUUUCUUCCUGUUCAUGUCAGCAAUUCUUCUGACGUUCGUGAGUAUCUGAGACAAAUUGCUCUUGCAUUGAUCAACAGCAUUCCGAGAGAGGCAACUAUUAUUUAUACAGAUGACAGUAGGAAUGCCGAUUCUUGUUCUGGCAGUGGUGUCUUCGUCAGAUCCAAUCACAGCUCUUACCAUAUCAAGUUGAGAAAUCCUGAUCACUGCUCUGUUUUUCGCAGCGAGCUGAUCGCUAUAGAUGCUGGAUUGGGCGCUGUGCUUACUUUUCCUGGAUCAAAUGACAUCUGGAUUUUGAGCGAUAGUAAGAGUGCAAUCCAGCACCUUUCGGAUUGGCACGGGGUGGGUGACAGUGAUGGAGUUUCAAUUUUAAACAAGCUGAAGACCCUUUCUUUCUCCCUUAAUAUACACUUGCAAUGGAUCCGAUCUCAUGUCGAUGUUGAGGGUAAUGAGAUUGCAGACUCCUUGGCUAAGAGCGGAACUGAUUUGCCCCUGCAUUCUUCGGCAUCUCUGACUUUCUCGGUGCUCCACUCCCGUUUUAACAGGCUUCGUGAUCCUGUGGCCCCUCCUGCUCAUCAUUGGUAUCAGUGCAACCGCCCAGGUGGCAGCCUGACCCUUCAGUGCAGUAGGCGGGAUCAGACGGUUAUAUCAAGAUUUCGAAGCGGUCACCUAAGAACUAUGUUGUUCAGUAAUGGUUCAAGAGUUUUCCCUGCUUGCACUAAGUGUAACGACCAACAAGCUACUCCUGAGCAUAUACUUCAAUGCCUAAAUAUCUCUAAAGUGGACCUCUUUUCAGAUCCACUUUUUGUUACAGAUUUACUCAGAGUCUCUGGAGUCAUGGACUUGGUUUAG